GAUUACUGAUGCGCUUCUGGCAGUUCCGAACAUCGAAAGCUCUUCCUUCACAGUCGCUAACCGAACUUCGAACAGAGCGGUUGCAGGGAACUAGUUCUAAUCCUCCCCGUCCAUAUCGUGUGUAUCGGACCGUAAAUAUUCGGGUUAACCAACUUCACUCAGGUUGGUACCAACAAAAACUGUUGUGAUUCUCGUCACCAGGACGACGUUAAUCAAUAGACGGUGUUCUACGAGGAUUUUGAGGUCUAGAACUCCUCAAAAAAUAAAGUGUUAACAGUGCACACCGGACUUGCUACCGGGUGUUUUUUUAGUGUUACGUAAACUGACCAGUGGAAUAAAAACAGUGAACCAAAACUGAUUACUUCUCUCUUGUAUUAUGAGAGUACAGUGAGAUUUCAAAUUGACUUUUGGUGGCUUGAUCAAUUUUUCUACGAUGGAGUUUAAAUUCGUAUUAUUGGGAUUACUGGUGUCGACGGUACAACUUGGUGGUUGUUUGGAGUUGAAGAAUAAGGCUUAUGAAGGGUUGACGAUCAAGGUUUCUGAAAAUGUCCCAGUCGAGAACUGCAAGGCUGUCCUGGAAAAUCUUCAGACAAGCCUACAAAGUGCAUCGCAGUUCCUGUUUUCCGCCCUUGACGGUAAAGCAUUCCUGCGAUCAGCAACUGUUUUACUUCCGCCCUCCUGGCCUGACACAUGCGCGCCGUCAACUGUCACAGCAGGUGCCGGAGAAACAAGUGAUAUCACGAUACUACCAAGGGAUCCCACAAGGGGACAGUUGUGGACCCAACAAUCUCUAGGAUGCGGACAACCAGGCGAUCAAAUUUAUAUGAACUUCGAAGGCUUGUUGAAAACUGACAAUAAAUUAGGUCGUUCAUUGGUAAAACAAUUUGCCAUGUACCGUUAUGGAGUUUUCGAAGAACAGGGAUAUUUCAACGAUCCUAUAUAUCCUCUCUGCUACUAUGACGACGAGAAAAAAGAAGGCAAACUGACCGGAUGUUCAGAUCUUCCUAUAAACGAUAAAGGGAUAUGCAAAGGGCAAAAGGUAUUCUACAACGCUUCCUCCAUGGUGGACCCCCACGCGAGAAGUUCGAUAAUUUUCGCUCCUGAAGCGCCAUCAGUGUCCAUGUUCUGCGAUUCUGGAAAUCACGAUAGAAUUGCACCCACCAAACAGAAUCUGAUAUGUGACAGACGCAGCAUUCUUGAUGUCGUACUGAGCCAUGAAGAUUUCAAGUCCGAAAACACUACCGACGAUUCCAUGAGCCACGAGAUCGCUGACACAACCCCAAAAAUAAGCUUCAAGAGACAAACGUUGACCAGAUACGUUUUCGUGAUCGAAAGUACCAAAGACAUGAUGCAUCGCGAAUCUUGGUACUACAUGAGAUUGGCUCUCACCAACUGGGCUUCAAACCAAUUACCCAACAACACUGAAUUGGGAUUAGUAUUAGCUGAUAUCAAGUCUACCAGAGCAUGUGAACUUCUUGACGGCACCCAACAUCCCAACGGCAUUGGCAGGAGUACAGAUGCUUUCUACUCUGCUAUUCCUUACACAGCAAGCGAUUCAGGCAAACCAGCAUGUCUGACCUGUAGCCUCAAGGACGCAAUGGACAUGUUGAACCAAAGAACUGCAGCCAAGGGACCUGCAAACAAUGUCAUCGUGAUCAUUUCUCCCGGCAUGGACAAAAAUCUUCAGAUGGAAUCUCUUUUGAAAGAAGUGAAAAAAUCUAAUAUAAAAAUUGCCGCUAUCAACUAUCCCCAUAUAAUCAGGAGUAGCUCCCUCAAUCUUCUUGCAGAAAAAACUGAAGGAUCAGCUUAUACCGUACUGGAACAGAAGUUAAAUGUUGAAUCCACCCUUCUCACCACAUACUUCGAACUUUUGAAUGUUUUAGCUGAUAUUUCUCGUAAAUACUACUCUGGUAGCCUGUCGGAUCUACCUAUUGAGAUUCAUCGCAGAGAAAUCACUGAUGAUGGCCGAAGCUCAGUCACAGGAAGUUUUGUUCUAGAGCCAAACAUGGGAGAACCUGCAUCUCUAAAUUUCUUCACCCACAAUACUGCUGCACCUCUCUUCAAAAGUUUGAAACUGAUCAGCCCAUCUCAUCAAGUAUUUUCUUCUAGAAGUGAUCGCUUGCUCUUCUUCAAAACCAUUCUUCUGAAUGCUAACAUCAGCGAGAGUGGUACAUGGACCUAUACCGUCGAACCAUAUCCCGGCAACCCUCAGCCACAUUUCUUGCAAGUUUGCGCUACACCAAAAUCGCCAACGGCACCAAUUCUAAGCGCAAGAUUUUGGACACACAGAAAUCAUGCCAAUGGUCCACUCAUACUUUUGACUGAAGUAAAAUUAGGCGAAAUGCCAGUUCUCGGUGCUAAAGUGGAGGUGACAGUCACAAAAACUUGCAAUCCUUGUAAUCAAACCCAAGAUGGCAAUACAAGAACAUAUAAAUUCGAUUUAUUAGAUACUGGAAGUGGUGACCCAGACAUAACUAAAGGAGAUGGUAUCUACACAAGAUAUUUUAGUGCAAGCGAAGCUGGAAUUGGGUUCUACACAUUCGAAGUGAAAGUUACUGAUAACGGAAAUACUGCUUACAGUUGGGCUGAAUCAACAAAAAUAUCAGAUAAACCUUGUUGCGGAAGCACAGUACCAUCAACUGGAGUAGAACCGAUUUCACCCUUCCAAAGAAUUCUACCCAAGCAGACCAUCUUCAUUUCAUCUCAAGAUAUACUGACUUCUAGCCAAUCUGCAGCAGGAAAGAUAGGAGAUCUCAAAGUUGUCAUUAUUGCAGAAGAUAUGAAAGCAAGAUUGUCAUGGACAGCGCCUGACAUGGGUGGCAACACGGUAUCCAGAUAUGAAAUAAAGUACUCAAAUGUUGUUAAAGAUAUCAUCGAUAACUUUGAGAUCAACGGAAUCCGUUGGGAAGCUGGACAAGGGCCUCUUCCUUUAUCACCAGGUUCUGAAACUACCUUCAACCUUGAUUUCUCCCAACUGAAAGAACUUCUAGAUAAACCUAUGUAUUUCGCUAUCAAAGCUUAUCCUAAAAUGUCUUCUGACGUUCCUGGAACCAUCUCCAACUGGGUCAGAGUUCUUGUGCCAUCUCCCCCACCACCACCUACUGUUGCACCAAGCUACACUCACAACGAACAAUAUUGGCCCAAUACAAAUACUGUAGAUAUAGAUCCCAUAAGUCCAAGCUUGACUAGCCCUGUCAGUUUUGGUCUUGAAUUGAUCUUACCAAUCGCUAUCGGCUUCAUUCUAUUGGUUCUUCUCCUAAUUAUAUAUUGUUAUUUCUGCGUAGUUAAGAGAAGAGAAAGGCAAAUAGUCAAGAAAUCUCCAUCAAAGUCUUUGAAAAACGAAAAAUUAAAUGGAAAUAUUACUAUAGUACCUGGGAGUCCAAUGAACAAUCCCAGUCAAACAUAUUCUUCAGAUAUAACAGAUCAUCACAAUGUUGGUUUACCUGUAAGUAAUUUUGGUUACGAAGACGAAACAAAGAAGAGGUACUCUUUGGUGAAUCAGCAAGAACAACAACUCAUUGACGAAUUGAAGCAGCAACAACAAGCAAUUAACCGCGAAGCGACUUACGCAGGAGUCAGUGUUAUCUCUAACAGAAAUGGAUCUACACAUCCUCUUAGCCCCUUCAAUUCUUGGAGCGCUUCCCAACUUCUUCACGAACAUGAAAGAAGACACAGUCCGAUGGAGAAUAUGUCAGAGGAACAGAUGAAUCACGAAAUGAUGAUGAACAACUCUCAAAUGGAUCAUAUGUCAGUUAAUGGACAACAAAUUGAACAUAUGAGUCUUAAUGGUCAUCCUCAGAUGGUUGAACAGUAUCAACAGACCCAUUUGGCGCCUCCUGUUCCUCCACUUCCAGCUUUUCCUGGUAAUGGAUAUCCCCCAAACUACAGCAUAUAUGGAACCCACCAAGCUCCGAAUCAUCAGCUAUAUCAAACAAUAAGAAAUGAACCUGUUGGCCAGUUCAAUCCGAGCCUACAAGGUUCAAUGAGUUCUGUUAAUAGUGGUGAAAAGAAAAGAAGGAAUGUGACUAUGGUUUAACGAUACGUUAUUAGAGAUACAGUGACAACUGUUGAAACUUACACAACACAAGUUUAAUAAUUUUCAAACAGUGAAAUAGCGUCAUCUUCCAAAGACUUCAAUCAAAGAAAAUUAACAUGAAGUUUGAAUUUUUUCCAUUUUUAGCAAGCAUUUCUAUAUGCCUUAUAUCUUAACAUUUUUAUUCAUGAAUAAUUGAGUUUAUUGCAAAUUUAAAUAUUGUGAAUAACUGAAGUCAUGAUUUGGUGAAGUUUGAAACACAGAAAUAUUCAAUAACUUUCAAUUAAUGUUCUAUUGUUUGUGAUGUGAAUUGUAUAAAAUAAUGUAAAUAUAAUUUGUAAUUGUUGUAUAUAAGAAUGAUUGUCUUACCAGUAAUAUAUUUGCCAACUAGUCAUAUGUAAUUAAAAUAGAUACUAGAAUGUAAACAAAAACUGAAGCCAGUACCUAUUGAAUUAAUUAGAUUUAGAUGAAAGUUUUGUUAAUGCAUAAACUUUUGAGACUGAUCUCCGCAAGUUUCGUUGUAAGAAAUGUAGAUUUUUUUGUAUAUUGUUUCAAUGUUUUUGUAAAUAUGUAGUAUAAGUUUUCUAUUUUCUCAUUAUAAAUGUUUAUAUAUUUAAA